AUAACAAAUAAAAUAAUUACCAUUAAAAAUAGCCGUUACAAAAUUGUUAAUAAAAAUUUGUAUGUGAUAAAUUCAUUUGAAGAAAUUUCAAAACUUGCCAUAUAAAAAUGACAUAUUAAAAAAAUUAAAUUCAUUAAAAAUUUCUAACUUCAUAUAUAGUUAUAGAACAGUCAUUGCACAUGUGACUAAAAAGAUACAUUUUCUUGAGGAAUUUCUUGCAAACACAAUAAAUUGCAUCUAGAGGUGUGCACUUUUUCAAGACGAGGUCUUUUUAUGAAAGAGAUUAAACUCAUUCAUAUAAACUAUUUAAGUUCAACUUUUAGUUAAAACACAAAAAGAAACUAAGGAAAAUAUUGGAAAAUACAAGCAUUUUAGUCACUUGUAAAAGCAGACAUUUUGAAAUGGCGCCAAAAUUGACGCCAUUUCCGCUAACAGCAGCAGCAAGAACCAGUAGCUGGCUUAAUAUGAAAAUAAUUACAACAAUAAUAACUGCUAUUUUAUUAUUAAAAACUCAACAAAUUUUAGCACAAGGUAUAGAAGUAUCGCCAACAUUACUGCAGCAUUACAAUGACAAUGAAAAUGAAAAUUCCAUCUACCAUGACGAGAAAAGCGAUGUCAGCAACAGCAGACCAACUAGCACAAGCAAUAUUGAAAUGCCAGAAGUAUUCACGUGUCCUGCGGAAGGUUUAUAUGCACACAAUUAUGAAUGUCAAUUGUACUAUCGUUGUGAGGCUCAAACAAAUGGCUACAUUAAAGCAUAUUUGUUAAACUGCAAAAAAGGUACAAUAUUUUCACGUGAUUUGAAAUUGUGUAUGCCAGCCAUGCUGGCCAAUCGCGAGGAAUGUCAACAAUAUAUAAAUGAAAUUGAUACAUUGGCAAGUGAUGAUGAUGUCGUUGUUGGAGCUGGAUUUGGGUCUGGGGCGGCAGUAGGCGAUAAGAGACAAGGGGUUUAUUUUGGGGGUUAUGGUGGUGAUGUUAUUAAUAGUUCAAUUGAUGAUGAUGGCGAUAGUAUUGAUAGUCGUUUGAUGCAUGUUCUCAAUGCAGCCAGAGUUAAGGGAGGCAUUGCAAAUAAUGGCAAUGCUAUGGAUGGGGCAUACAAUCAUUGGCAAAAUUAUGGCCUCACAGGAUUAAGUGGUGUUUCGGUAAUUUCCUUUUCAACUUCAUCAGCACGCUCUGCUGGCAUGAGCAGCAGUGGCAGUAGCAGCAGUACAGAUAAUGACCAAGGGCCACCAUGCGAAGAUGAUGGAUUUAUGAGCGAUCCAGAUGACUGCACUGUAUUUUAUCGUUGUAUUUCGAAUGGUCGUACAUUUAAUAAAAUUGGCUUCCGGUGUUCGGAUGGUACAGCAUGGGAUGAAUCAUUGCAAUCAUGUAAUCACUUGUUAAAUGUACGUGCUAAUGGUGGAUGUCAAGGUAAACAAGGCAUACAAAUGGAUGAGUAUAACAAUGAGCAGACAUCAACACAAUCGUCACAUACAAGCUAUCAAAAUAGUACAUCAUCAUCAUCAAUGUCUUCAUCAACGUCAUCAUCUAGUUCACAACAAAGUUCUAGUAGUUCGUCAAGUUCAUCGAGCUCCUCUUCAUCAUCUUCUCAACAAUCAAGUGGCACAGAAAGUUCUUCGUCAUCUUCAAGUAACCAACAGUCAUCUACUUCAUCAUCUAACCAUGAAAGUUCCACACAAAGCUCCACUAAUCACACAACCUCGAAUGAAAAUAACAACUCAAAUUCUCAGAAUUCUAGCAGCAAUCAAAAUUCAAAUUCUCAGAAUUCCUCUCAGAACAACAGUCAACAGAAUUCAAAUUCCAAUAACAAUGAAAGUUCUAAUUCCCAAAACUCUUCAAAUAACAACAAUCAACAAAAUUCCAAUUCAAAUGCACAAAACUCAAAUAACAGCCAACAGAAUUCCAACUCUAAUUCUCAAAAUUCAAGCGGCAAUCAAAGUUCUAAUUCUCAAAACUCGUCAAAUAAUAGCCAACAACAAAACUCUAAUUCAAAUUCACAAAAUACAAAUAAUAGCCAACAAUCUUCCAACUCUACAAAUGCAAAUAGUCAAGGAUCCAACCAAAGUUCAAAUAAUAACAAUCAACAAAGUUCUUCAAAUUCGAAUGCAAACAAUAAUCAAGAAUCUUCCUCUAAUUCCCAAUCUCAAAGUAACAACAAUAAUAACAAUCAACAACAAAGUUCAACCAACUCCAAUAGCACUUCCAAUGAACCCUCUGCCACUGAUUGCGUAGAUGAAAAUACUUAUAUACCCGAUAAAGAAGAUUGUGCUAAAUUCUAUCGUUGUCGAGAUAAUGGUAAUGGUGGUUUAGAAAUUGUACCGUUUACUUGUGGCCCUGGAACGGUUUGGAAUCAAGAUGACAAAGUAUGUGAUCUACCUACAGAUUCGCAACGCGAAAAGUGUAAACAACAAGGAACAGGAACAUCUAGUUCAUCAAAUAAUCAAUCAGGAUCUUCAAAUAGCAACAGUCAAUCUAGCUCAAAUAAUCAAUCUGGCUCUUCAAAUAAUCAGUCGGGAUCAUCAUCAAAUAAUAGCAAUCAGACUGGUUCAUCUAAUAGUCAGACCAGUUCCUCUAACAACGAAUCUAAUAAUCAGUCUGGAUCAUCAUCGUCGAACAGUAACAAUCAAUCUGGGUCAUCGGAAAACAGCAACAAUUCCUCUAACAAUCAAUCUAAUUCAUCUAACAAUCAGUCGGAAUCAUCAUCAAAUCAAACGGGAUCAAACAACAACAAUGAAUCAAGUUCAUCUAAUAAUCAGUCUGGAUCAUCAUCAAAUAACAACAAUCAAACAGGUACCUCACACAAUCAAUCUCAGUCUUCUGGUAAUCAACAAUCAAAUAAUCAACAAAGUUCGAGCGGAGAACAAGGCCAAAAUAAACCACAAAAACCUUCAAAUCCGGAUGGCAAAUGUCAACAUUCUGAAACCUACCUACAAGAUAAAUACGAUUGUGCCCGAUUCUAUCGUUGCGUAGAUAAUGGAAAUGGUGGUUACGACACAAUAUCUUUUGAUUGUGCACCUGGUACAGUUUGGGAUCCAGACUCUAAAGGUUGUAAUCAUCCAACAGAUGUUCAAAAAGAACAAUGUAGAAUUAUGGCAAGCAAUGGAAGUUCAUCUUCUGGUUCAAGCUCACAGAACCAACAGUCGUCAACCUCAUCAAACAAUCAAAAUAAUCAGGGAUCAAAUCAAUCUUCAUCAUCAAAUCAGCAGGGAUCGAGCUCUGGUUCCUCCUCGUCAACAUCAUCUAACAAUAAUAACCAGUCAUCAUCGAAUAAUCAAGGAACGAACUCUACAAAUAAUAAUCAAAGUGGUUCAUCAUCAUCCAGUUCCCAAACAGGAUCACAGCAAGGUUCUACAGGAACUGAAUCAUCAUCUUCGUCGAAUAACCAAAAUCAAGAAUCCAACAACCAAAGUUCUAGUUCAUCUUCAUCAAACAAUAAUAAUCAAAGCAGUUCUUCUAAUCAAUCGUCAUCAAAUUCACAAUCGGGAUCCUCUUCAUCCAAUAACGAAAAUCAGGAAUCCAACAAUCAAAGUUCUGGCUCUUCAUCAAAUAACAACAACCAAUCAUCAUCUAGUUCACAAUCAGGAACACAACAUGGUUCUACUUCAACUACAGAAUCAAAUCAAUCAUCGUCUUCAUCGAAUAACCAAAAUCAAGGAUCCAACAACCAAAGUUCUGGAUCAAAUCAGUCAUCGUCUUCAUCGAACAACCAAAAUCAAGGAUCCAACAAUCAAAGUUCUAGUUCCUCUAAUCAAUCAUCGUCGAGCUCACAAUCCGGAUCCCAAGGUUCUACCACAACUACAGAAUCAAAUCAGUCAUCUUCUUCAUCGAGCAGUAACAAUCAAAGCAACACAUCCAAUCAAUCAUCCUCUUCUUCGAGUAAUCAGGGAACAUCUAACUCUUCUUCAUCGCAAUCUAACAAUAAUAAUAAUAAUCAAACUACAACAACUCAAAAACCAUUUAAACCAGCAACACAUUGCGAAAGCGAAGAAACAUUUUUGGAAGACAAAGAAGAUUGCAAUAAAUUCUAUAGAUGUAUUAAUGAUGGUAAAGGCGGUUAUAACAAAGUAUCAUUCAAGUGUCCACCAGAUACUGUAUGGAAUCCUCCAGCUAACAGUUGUGAUCAUCCUGCACAAGUACAAAACUUAAAUUGUAAAAUUGUUGCAAGUAGCGGACAAAAUUCAACUAGUAGCAACAAUCAAGGAUCGUCCUCAUCCAAUAAUGAAUCAUCUAGUUCAAGUACGACAACAGGAACAUCUGGGACAUCCGGGACAUCCUCUACCGAAGAAAACAAUAACAAUCAAUCAACACAAACUGGUUCUUCAUCCUCUUCGAAUACUCAAUCAUCGGGAUCAAGUGGAUCUCAGUCUUCUAAUAGUAGCAGUAAUAACCAAGGAUCAAACAGUUCAUCAUCCAAUAAUCAAUCUUCCGGCUCAAGUUCCACGACUGGUUCUUCUACCUCGGAACAAAACAAUAACAAUCAGUCUUCGUCACAGUCUGGUUCUUCAUCUUCAUCAAAUAAUCAAUCCAAUACUCAAGGAUCACAAACAGGAUCGUCAGGUUCUAGUUCAUCAACAACACAAGAAUCUAGCUCUAACCAAUCGACAACUCAGGGAUCAGCAUCAAAUUCAACAGAAACCAGUUCAUCGUCUCAGUCUGGAUCAUCAUCGUCUCAGUCUGAAUCAUCAUCGUCUCAAUCUGGAUCAUCAUCAUCUCAAUCAGCAUCAUCAUCGUCUCAGUCUGAAUCAUCAUCGUCUCAAUCUGGAUCAUCAUCAUCUCAAUCAGGAUCAUCAUCGCAAUCUGGAUCAUCAUCAUCGCAAACUGGUUCCUCGUCUCAAUCUGGAUCAUCAUCUCAAUCUGGUUCUUCUCAAUCUGGUUCUUCUCAAUCUGGUUCUUCUCAAUCUGGUUCUUCUUCGUCACAAUCUGGAUCGUCUGGAUCUUCUCAGUCUGGCUCAACGUCUCAAUCCGGAUCAACAUCUCAAUCAGGCUCAUCAACUCAACAACAAAACCCCGUUGGUACCUGUAAAAGCAACAACCAAUAUCUGGAAGAUUCUAAAGACUGUGCAAAAUUCUAUCGUUGUGUAAAAAAUAGCAAAGGAGGAUACGAUAAAGUCGUAUUUACUUGUGGACCCGGCACUGUAUGGGAUAGUCAAAUUGAAGGAUGUAAUCAUGCUUGGGCAGUUAAAAACAAAAAGUGUGGUACUGGUACUGAUUCUGGAUCUGGUUCCGGAACUCAAUCAGAAACACAACAAACAACAACACAACGUCCACCAAGUAGUACACCUACAACUAGUAAACCAUCAGAACAAAAACCUACUUCCAGCUCGACCACUCAAAAACCUGCCGCUAAACCAACAUCUACACAAAAGCCUCCAAUGGGAGCAGUAAGUUCUACUACUCCUCCGGCACAUGGUAUUUGUAAAACAGAGGGAUUCACAGGAGAUCCAAAUGAUUGUUCUCGUUUUUAUCGCUGUGUAGACAAUGGAAAUGGAAAAUUUUCGCAGUAUUCCUUCAGAUGUGGCAAAGGCACUGUUUGGGACAGUGAAUUGCAGACAUGUAACCAUGAUUUAAAUAAGUGUAAUGUAAAUACUGGUAGUGAAGAAUCUUCGACUCAAAAACCACAACCAGCAACCACUUCAGGACCAGGUUAUUUGCCACCUUCUCAGAAACCUCAGACCACUACAUCAACUACACAAAGGCCACAAGAAACAACAGUUAAACCGGGAUAUCUGCCAACUACACAAACACCACCAGAGACAACAACAGGAAAGCCUGGAUAUGAACCAACUACACAAAUAUCACAGGAGACAAUAACAGAUAAGCCUGGAUAUGAGCCAUCAACACAAGAAACAACCACAUCAAUACCAGGAUAUCAACCCACUACACAAUACCCCCAAACUACAACCAGUAAAUACCCCGAAAUUACAACCUCCGGAAAAGAUCCAGAAACUACCAGCCAACCUAUUACUACUACAGUAAAACCUAAUCCAAACGAACCAAUAUCAUCUAAUGACAAGUGUUCCAAAGAAGGUUUCUUUGGCGACAGCGAAGACUGUCAAAAGUUCUACAGAUGUAUUGAUAACGGCAAGGGAAAUUUUGAAAAGCAUUCAUUCAAAUGUGGAAACAACACAGUAUGGGAUGCAGAAAUUGAAAGUUGCAAUCAUCCCGCUAAUGUUGCGGAUCCUAGAUGUCAAAUUCAAACUACUACUGGUGUACCAACUACGACCGACUCUUAUUACACCACUACUACAACUAAAUAUGAGUCCACAACUGAAAUUGUAAAACCUACAUCCACAGAAUCCAUACCAACUGGCGACUUGACUACUACUAUGCAACCAUCUACCACCACACCCAUACCAAAUCUACCACCCGGUACAAAAUGUCAAGGUGAGGGCUUUAUGGCUGAUCCUGAUAACUGUCGAAAAUUCUAUCGUUGUAUUCAAUCGAAAGAAGGCUAUGAACGUCAUGAGUUUAAGUGUGCUAAAAACACAGCAUGGAAUGAGGAGAACCAAACGUGUGAUCAUCGAGAUAAUGUAGAUCGUUGUCGAGGACAAACAGAGGAACCAGAGCCGGAAACAACUACUAUGGAAUAUCAGAGUACGACGACAACAGAAAAAUAUUCUUCUACCACAGUGAUUUCGACUACUGAAACUUUUGAGAAACCAACAACGAUGAAUCCAACCACCACAUCUACAAUAUAUCCCACUUCCACAGUGAUCGGUGAAUCUACUACAACUGCAUCCACACCUACUGAUUAUACCAGUACUAUGCAACCUACUUCUACAACUCCUGUACCAAACUUACCUCCAGGUAAUACAUGUGAAGGAGAAGGUUUUAUGGCUGAUCCCGAUAAUUGUCGCAAAUUCUAUCGUUGUGAAAAGAGUAGCAACGGUUAUUCCAAACACGAAUUUAUGUGUGCCAAAGGAACAGGUUGGAAUGAAGAGAAGCAGUCAUGUGAUCAUAGAGACAAUAUCGAUCGUUGUCAGGGACAAACGGAACAACCAGAUCCUGAAACAACUACAAUGGAAUAUACUACUUACAAACCAACAACAAGUGAAAGUACUACAAAUGGUUAUGAAAAACCCACAACUACAACAUCUGCCUUUGAAACAACAAUGGCAGCUCAAAAACCAACAACCCCAGAACACACAACAACUACAGAAUAUGAAAAACCCUCGACAACAACAAAUUCCUAUGAAACAACAACAAUGGCAGCUCAAAAACCAACGACCACAGAGCCCACAACAACUGCGGGAUAUGAAAAACCCUCAACAACAACAACUUUCUAUGAAACAACAACGAUUUCUCAAAAACCAACAACCAAUGAGCCCAGCACUUCUACUACCGAUUACACUACCACCAUGCAACCUACCUCAACAACACCGAUACCUAAUCUACCUCCAGGAAAGGAAUGUAAUGGUGAAGGUUUUAUGGCGGACCCUGACAACUGCCGCAAAUUCUACCGCUGUGAAAAAACUGGUAAUAGUUACUCUAAGCAUGAAUUUAUGUGUGCUAAAGGUACAGGUUGGAAUGAGGAAAAACAAACAUGCGAUCACAGAGACAAUAUUGAGCGUUGUCAGGGACAAACUGAGGAACCAGAGCCUGAAACAACAACCAUGGAAUAUACGACCAGCAGCUCCACAACAAGCAAAGCAAGUGAAGCUACUACAGCCGAUUAUGAAAAACCUCCUACGACAACAACAGGAUACGAAAAGCCCACAACUACCACCCCUUCAUAUGAAUCAACAACCGUAACAACUCAAUCUCCCUCAACUACCAUGAAACCCACCAAACCUAGUAGCACUGAACCAAGUACUACUCCUACAGAUUACACAACUACCUUGAAACCCAGUACCACUAAGCCAAGUACUACACCUACAGAUUAUACCACAACAAUGCAACCAACUUCAACUACUCCUGUUCCAAAUUUACCAGCAGGCAAUAAAUGUAGCGGAGAAGGUUUUAUGGCUGAUCCCGACAAUUGUCGCAAAUUUUAUAGAUGUGAGAAGAGUGGCAACGGUUAUUCCAAACAUGAAUUUAUGUGCGCUAAAGGAACCGGCUGGAAUGAAGAUAAACAAACCUGUGACCAUAGAGACAAUAUCGAGCGUUGUCAAGGACAAACUGAACAACCAGAUCCCGAAACAACUACCGUAGAGUAUACCACUUACAGGCCAACUAGUAGCAUAGUAAGUGAGACUACUACAGCUGGCUACGAAAAGCCCACAACAACAACUGGAUAUGAGAAACCUACAACUACUACAGUUUCAUAUGAAACAACAACAAUGGAAAAUCAAAAACCUACCACAACAACUCAAAUUUCUCCAGCUGCCACCCAACCUACCAUGCCUACGACUACUGAACCAAGUACUACCACAGACUAUACUACAACUAUGCAACCAACAUCAACUACUCCGGUACCCAACUUACCACCUGGAAGGCUCUGCAAAGGAGAAGGUUUUAUGGCAGACCCAGAUAAUUGUCGCAAAUUCUAUCGCUGUGAGAAGAGCGGAAAUGGUUAUUCAAAACAUGAAUUCAUGUGUGCUAGAGGCACAGGUUGGAAUGAAGAAAAGCAGACAUGUGAUCACAGAGAUAAUAUUGAGCGUUGUCAAGGACAAACCGAAGAACCUGAACCGGAAACUACAACAAUAGAAUAUACUACUGGAGGUUCUACAACAAGUGAGACAACAACUGCUGGAUAUGUGAAACCAACAACUACUACGGAAUAUGAAAAGCCUACAACUACUGCCUAUGAGACAACAACAAUGUCUACACAAAAGCCAACGACAACGACCCAACAUCCAACAACUAUUGUACAAUCAACUACAACAGAAUCCAGCACUACUACAGAUUACACUACCACUAUGCAACCAACAUCAACCACACCUAUUCCGAACUUACCACCAGGAAAGAAUUGUAAUGGAGAAGGUUUUAUGGCUGAUCCCGAUAAUUGUCGCAAAUUUUAUCGCUGUGAGAAAAGUGGUAAUGGAUACUCCAAAUAUGAGUUUAUGUGCGCUAAAGGUACUGGCUGGAAUGAAGAAAAACAGACGUGUGACCACAGAGACAAUAUCGAACGUUGUCAGGGACAAACUGAAGAACCCGAAGUGGAAACUACAACAAUGGAAUAUACGACAACUUCGUCGCCAGGUCAUACUACUACCGAAUAUGAUAAGCCUACAACAGCUCCUCAGACAACUACCAUGUCAUCACUAACGCCCACAACUACCACACAAACUCCUACCACUACCAUGCCCAUCACAAAACCUACAACUGAACCUACGACUAGUUCAACUGAUUUACCAUCCUCUACUACGGAUUAUACUACAACCAUGCAACCAUCCUCAACCACGCCAGUGCCUAAUCUUCCGGCAGGUAAAAAAUGUCCAGGUGAAGGAUUUAUGGCUGAUCCCGAUAAUUGUCGUAAAUUUUAUAGAUGUAUAAUGAAUGGAAACAAACUAGAACAGCAUGCAUUUAUGUGUGGCAAGGGAACAGGUUGGAAUGAAGACAAGCAAACAUGUGACCAUGCAGCCAAUGUAGAGCGUUGUGAAGGUCAAAUUGAGCAAAUAGAGACGACCACAACUGGAUAUGAAACAACCACAUAUAAGCCAACUGAUUCAACCACUUCAAUUCCUGUGGAAACCACCUCUAUGACAAUGACAAAACCUACUACCACCGAACAACCAACAGAUAAACCAGGAUAUGUACCUAGUACGACAGACUCUCCCGCAACGACGGAAGUAGGGGCUUCUACUUCCACUACUUCACCUACAACUACUGAAAACCCUAACACUACAAUGACAUCUCCUACAACUACAGAAACUUCUUCGGUGUAUCCCACUACUGUACAAUCCACUGAUAAGCCUGGUUAUGUACCUACCACUACUGAAACAUCCUCAAUAUCGACUACUACAGAAGAGUAUGAAAGCACUACAAUGGAACCCAUAAAUCAUACCUGUACUAGUGAAGGUUUCUUCCCAGACCCUGAUGAUUGCAAUCGUUAUUAUCGCUGUGUAGAUGGAGAUAAGAAUGGAAACUACCAGGUAUAUAGUUUCCGUUGUCCUAAAGGUACUGUUUGGGAUUCUUCGCUAGAGACUUGUAACUAUGCCGAUAAAGUAUCGGGCAAUUGUUCAUCGGGUGCUACAACAAUUGAAUAUCCAUCAACUACAGAGAUUAGUUCAACAAACAAACCUGAACCAACCACAACUGGAAGUGUCAAUGAUACUACCACAACUGGAAAACCUGAGUCUAUAACAACAGAAAGUCCUAAGGAAACUACAACUAUAGGACGACCUGAAUCUACAACAACGGAAAAUCCUAAGGAAACAUCAACUACGGGACAACCUGAAUCUACAACAACGGACAGUUCAAAGGAUACUACAACAAUUGAUAGUCCCAAGGAAACUACAACUACCGGAAAACCUGAAACUACAACAACUGAAAGUCCUAAGGAAACCACAACUGUGGGAAAACCUGAAACCACAACUGUGGAAAGUUCCAAGGAUACUACAACUACCGGAAAACCUGAAACUACAACAACUGAAAGUCCUAAGGAAACCACAACUGUGGGAAAACCUGAAACCACAACUAUGGAAAGUUCCAAGGAAACUACAACUACCGGAAAACCUGAAACUACAACAACUGAAAGUCCUAAAGAAACCACAACUGUGGGAAAACCUGAAACCACAACAACGGAAAAAUCCAAAGACACCACAACUACGGGAAAACCAGAACAGACUACAACUGAAUAUCCUACAGAUACGACUACAACUACUCAACCUAUAGAAAGUUCCACAACAAAACCAGAAACAACUUCACCAACUGAUCCUAUUACUGGUGAAUCAACUAUUCAACCAGAAACUUCUGGUAACACUACAGCACCCUGUCCACCAACCAGUGAGGGUCAAAAUCUUUUCAUAUGCCCGACAGGCUUUAGACGUCAUCCUAAACAUUGCAAUAUGUUCUACCAAUGUACUGAAAAAGCCGAUAGUUACGAUCAAAGUAUAGUUGUAUUUAAAUGUCCAAAUGGCACUGUAUACCACGAAAGCCUUAACAGAUGUGAUGCACCAAAUUCUGGCGAUGAUUGUGAGAUAAAGUCUAGAACGCAAACUGUACUUUUUGAAGAGGAGUACAAACAUAGUCAUACGAUUCAAAUUCGUUCAACUGCUCCCCUGUGUCCCAAUGAGGGACACUUUGCCCUAAAUAGUGAUGAGUGUGCUCAGCUCUUUGUCAAAUGUCAGUUUUCAGCACAAACUCAACGCUUAGAAGGACAAAUAUUUAGAUGUCCUAAAGGAUUUACCUACUGGUCAGUAAGUCGUCGUUGCGAGCGUGCACAAAAAUUGCAAAAUUGUGCGACAAGCAAGUAUGAUGUCUCAGCAUCGAUACCAGUGGAAUGGUCAAAUAUUGGCAAUAGACGCAGAAAUCUUAAAAUUUAAAUUAAUUUAAUGCCACCAUAAAAGCCCUCUUCCUCUAUUAACUACUUACAUUUAAUUAGACUUUAAGUUAGUAAUAUUAAAUACUGGAUUUGUUUGUUGUGCCUGCAACAUAUGGAACUGAUUUCCUUUAGGUUUUAGUCAAUUUCCCCUUCUCUUGCAGGCAUAACAAAUGAUGGACUAAAGCAAUAUUUAUUUUAGUUUUUAGACGCAGAUAUGUAUUUUUAUUUUAAGACAAAGAAACGAUUGGGUACUGGUGUUGGUUUUAUGUGUAUUUUUUUUAGAAAUGAAGAGAGGAAAAUGGUCAGUUAUAUAUAUUAAGUUAAUUACAAAAUAAAUUCCAUAAAUUGCCAAUUUCUGUUCAUUUAGGUUAUAAGCCUUUUACUGUCAUAGUUUUAUUUUAGAAAGGUAUUUAAUUACUAAAUAUUGAAUUAAACUGUUUUAAAUAAAUUUAUAAUGAAAUGCCAUAAAAAUU